AUCCUCUAAUCUUCACUUAUUCUCCUUAGGGACUAGCUCAACAAAAGCAAAUCCCAAUACCAUUCCCAAUUCCUCAAUUUCAGUUCAUUCUUGUAACAAUGGCAUCUUCACUUGAUACAAGCAAAGUAAUGAAAUUAGAGAGAUAUAAUAGCUAUAUUCGAAGAGUAAAUAGCUCAAAACUUAUUGCAGCUUCUUCUAAGCUUCUUUUUAGAGUUACUCUUUUAGUAGCUCUUUUGCUAAUUUUUUUCUUUACCAUAAAUUACCAUCCUUUAAAUUCAGAAAAUACUCCACAUCAUCAUAUUCACACCACCACUCAUAGCCUCCUCUCCUCCGCCUUCUACGGCGGCGGCGCCGCUUGGGAAAAACAAGUCCGCCACUCUUCCACUCCUAGGCGUGCCAAUGGUUUAUCCGUAUUGGUUACAGGUGCGGCUGGCUUUGUUGGUUCUCACUGUUCAAUGGCAUUGAAGAAACGUGGGGACGGAGUCUUGGGAAUAGACAACUUCAACUCCUAUUACGACCCAUUAUUGAAACGUGGGCGUCAGAAGUUACUGGCGCAGCACGAGAUCUUUAUCGUGGAAGGUGAUAUAAAUGAUGCCGAGUUGUUAUCCAAACUAUUUGAUAUUGUUCCAUUUACACACGUCCUUCACUUGGCCGCGCAAGCGGGUGUAAGGUAUGCGAUGAAAAAUCCACAAUCUUACAUCAAGUCGAAUAUAGGAGGAUUUGUUAACUUAUUGGAGAUGGUCAAGUUAGCUAACCCUCAACCCGCAAUCGUCUGGGCAUCGUCCAGUUCGGUUUACGGGUUGAACACAAAUGUACCUUUUUCUGAAAAUCAUCGUACGGAUCAACCCGCUAGCCUUUAUGCCGCCACAAAAAAAGCCGGUGAAGAAAUUGCACAUACAUAUAACCACAUUUACGGUCUUUCUUUAACUGCAUUAAGGUUUUUUACUGUUUAUGGACCGUGGGGUAGACCAGACAUGGCCUAUUUUUUCUUCACUAAGGACAUGACACAAGGGAAACCAAUAAAUGUGUACGUAACACAAGAUGAUAAAGAGGUGGCGCGUGACUUCACGUACAUCGACGACAUCGUUAAAGGGUGUCUCGGGGCACUUGACACGGCGGAGAAGAGCACCGGUAGCGGCGGCAAAAAGAAAGGUCCGGCGCAGUUAAGAGUGUACAAUUUGGGUAACACUUCACCUGUGUCGGUGAAGAAGUUGGUGACAAUUUUGGAAAGUUUAUUAAAUGUGAAGGCUAAAAAGAAUGUGAUUAAAAUGCCAAGAAAUGGUGAUGUCCCAUUUACACAUGCUAAUGUGUCUUUGGCUUAUAGGGAUUUUGGAUAUAAGCCAACCACAGAUUUGUCAAGUGGAUUGAGGAAGUUUGUUAAGUGGUAUUUGAGUUAUUAUGGGAUUCAAUCAAAGGUAAAUAAGGAAUUAGACUCCCCUAAUGACCAUUCCGAAGAUUAAGUAAUAACAGUGGUAUUCAGCUCAUUUUGCCCGAAUUCCACAUGUUACUUUGGAUAAUUCUAUCAUCUAAAGCUUAGGUAGAUGGAAAGCAAAAAAGAUUUUUGUUUUUUCACAUAUUUACACUUUUCUUUUUUCCCUUUUUAUUGAUGUAUUUGAAUAUAUAUUGAAGUGUAUUUUUAUAUUUUUUAGAAAUUAGAGUAUAGGCAUAUAAUUUAUAUAACAAGUGGGAGAAGGGUGGGCAAGUGUAGAUCUGUGAAGUGGGGUUGUAAUAAAUGUUUUAGUAGUCUUGUUUGUAUGUAAGAUUAUUAGGAAAAGGAAAAAUAGGCUGGAAUUCUGUAAAACAAUUAGUGCAGAUCAGCCUCUCAAUCAAAUCAAGAAUUGUAAUGAGUUGGAAUAGCAAUGAUGAUUAAAUCAAGAUUCUCUUCUAUGCUU